UAUAUUUUUCAUAAGUCACGGUAGGUUUACUUUCUCUUCCUGGUUUGACCUGUUCGGUUGUCAUUGGAAGGUUCUCGGUCUCCUCAGUUCAAACUGAUCAGCUCAUAUUGGAGACUUUAUCAUCAGCAAAGGCAACAUGACAGAAAUCGGUGAAAUCGAUGAAGGGUUCUACUCCAGACAGCUGUAUGUUCUGGGUCAUGAUGCCAUGCACCGGAUGGGCACAGCCGACGUCCUCAUUGCAGGCAUGCGUGGUCUUGGGGUAGAAAUAGCCAAAAAUGUGAUCUUGUCCGGAGUCAAGUCUGUCACCAUCCAGGAUGAAGGCCAGACAACAUGGACCGACCUGUCCUCCCAGUUUUUCCUGAAGGAGUCCCAUCUUGGUCAGAACCGAGCCAGAUGUUCCCUACAACAGCUGUCUGACUUAAACCCACGUGUGCAAGUGUCCGCCCACACUGGACCACUUGAUGAAGACCUGCUUCUGCAAUUCCAGGUGGUGGUCCUCACUGAUUCCUCACUGGAUGAUCAAAAGCGUUUCGGUGAGCUCUGCCAUUCACAGGGAAUCAAGUUUAUUGUAGCAGACACCAGAGGACUCUGUGGUCAGUUGUUCUGUGAUUUUGGGGAGGAGUUUGAGGUCUUGGACCGGGAUGGAGAGGCACCUCGAUCAGUGAUAAUACAAAGUAUUACCAAGGCUAAUCCUGGAGUGGUGAUCUGCACAGAUGACCAGAGGCAUGGACUUCGCGAUGGCACCAAAGUUUCCUUCUCUGAAGUCCGUGGCAUGACGGAGCUCAACAGCAUCAGCCCGGUGGAGAUUAAACACCUUAGCCCGCACUCCUUCAGCAUUUGUGACACUUCGGCCUUUUCUGACUAUAAACAAGGUGGAAUAGCGACGGAGGUUAAACAGUCCUUAAUGCUAAGUUUUAAACCACUGAGUGAGGCUCUAUUGGACUAUGAGCUGGUGAUCUUGAAUGAUUAUGGAAAAAUAUCAAGGCACAUGACCCUACACUUGGCUUUCCAAGCCCUCCAUGGCUUCGUGAAGAAAGAACAGCGUCUCCCUGUUCCUUGGUCUCAGUCUGAUGCAGACACCCUGCUUGACAUGGUGAAAAAGUUGAAUACAGUUGCUAAACUGGACGAGCUGGAUGAAUCUGCUGUGCGAAACCUGUCUUACACAGCCCAGGGUGACUUGGCUCCUAUGAAUGCUUUCAUCGGAGGCAUUGCUGCUCAAGAGGUUAUAAAGGCAUGUAGUAGGAAAUUUACACCUCUUAAGCAGUGGCUAUAUUUUGAUGCGCUGGAGUGCCUCCCUGAAGAGGGGGACCAACUGGCAGAGGGCUCCCUUCCAGCAAUAGGCACGAGGUAUGAUGGACAGAUUGCUGUGUUCGGGUCAGCGUUCCAGGAGAAGCUUGAGAGGCAGAAGUAUUUCCUGGUUGGAGCUGGUGCUAUCGGCUGUGAGCUCCUCAAAAACUUUGCCCUCCUUGGGCUCGGUGCUGGAAAAGAAGGACACAUCACUGUGACAGACAUGGAUUUCAUAGAAAAAUCCAACUUGAACCGACAGUUCCUCUUCAGGUCUCAGGAUAUUGGGAAACCAAAAUCAGACGUUGCAGCCAAAGCAGUGCGAGAGAUGAACCCACAGAUGAACAUCACCGCUCACCAGAACCGUCUGGACCCUGGCAGUGAAGAAGUGUAUGAUUACAACUUCUUCAUGGGUCUUGAUGGAGUGGCUGCAGCUCUCGAUAAUGUGGAAGCCAGAGUCUAUCUUGAUGGACGCUGUGUCCUACACAAGAAGCCGUUGCUGGAAGGAGGAACUCUAGGAAGCCAAGGUCAUACUCUGGUGGUGGUGCCUCACCUGACAGAGUCUUAUGGGCAGGACAAAUCAAAACCUACUAAUGUCUUCCCACUGUGCACUCUCAAGAACUUCCCUCACCGCAUUGAGCACACCCUGCAGUGGGCCAGAGACCAGUUUGAAGGACUGUUUAAACAAACUCCUGAAAAUGUGAAUCUCUUCCUGAGAGAUGAAGGAUUUGUAGUGCGGACUCUUGGUCAUGGAGAUGCAGAGGCCCUGGAGGUUCUUGGGGGGGUAUGGAGCAGCCUGGAGGACAUAAAAGCUGGGGGACAACGUCCAACAAAAUGGGAAGACUGUGUGAGCUGGGCACGUUGCAAGUGGGAGACUCUCUUCAACAAUGAUAUCUGCCAGCUUCUGCACUGUUUCCCUCCUGAACAGAAAACUGCUUCCGGUCUACCCUUCUGGUCUGGAUCCAAGAGAUGCCCUCACCCACUGACCUUUGACCCCAACAAUGCAGUCCAUAUGGACUUUGUGGUGGCAGCAGCUAAUCUGUACGGGCAGAUUUUUGGUGUCAAAGGGACGAGAGACUGCGCUUCUAUCAGAGAUAUCUUAGAGAAAGUUGUCGUACCGCCUUUCACUCCCAAGUCCUCCGUGAACAUUCAUGUCACUGACGAGGAGCUGAAGGAGGACAAAGAAAAGGACAGUGAUGAUGCUGAUAAAGCCCAGCUUGAGGACCUGAAAGGAAAGUUGGCCUCACCGUCUCUGAAAAGCUCAGCCAUGCAGAUGUACCCCAUCGACUUUGAGAAGGAUGACGACAGUAACUUCCACAUGGACUACAUUGUUGCUGCUUCCAACCUGAGAGCAGAGAACUACGACAUUCCUGCAGCCGAUCGGCACCAGAGUAAGCGCAUCGCUGGAAGGAUCAUCCCAGCCAUUGCCACUACCACAGCUGCAGUGGCAGGCCUGAUGUGCCUGGAGCUGUAUAAACUGGUGCAAGGUCACAAGAAGAUCAGCUCUUACCGUACAUCUUAUUUCAUCCUGGCUGUCGACCAUUUCGUGUGGUCCCAGCCACUUCAGCCCCAGUCCUUCGAAGUCGCAGGAAAGAAAUUCACCCUGUGGGAUAACUUCCUUGUUGAGGGCAGACGCGCCGGUCAGCAGGAAAUGACCUUGGGAGAUCUGGUCGAUUAUGUCAAGGAAAUAUACAGCUUGACCAUCUGCAGUGUCUUCUACGAAAAGUUUAUCUUAUACAACAAGCAAGAAGAGAGGCUCAAAAAGAGAGUGUCUGAGCUGGUGAAAAUGACCACCAAGGCCGAUAUCCCGCCACACAAAAAGAUGCUGGAGUUGUUCCCCUCAUUUGUUGAAGAUGAGUACUGCGACUUAGUCCCAUCUAUCAUGUACAUGCUGUAGUAAAGUCAUCACAUGGAGCUGCUUCAGUGUGACAAAACAAGCUUAAUGCUGUGGGGUCAAAACAGCUGAAAUCAACCUGGUUUUGUGUUUCUGUGAUUUUUGCGCUUAUUCUCGCGCAUACUGUGAUCAUGUUUUAUUGUUACUCACACAUGGAUGAUUCUACAAAUUCUAUUGUACUCUCCCUGUGCCAUGUCCCAAAAAAUGCUGCACAAUGUUUAAACACUAUAUCUAUUUCCUCAAUCAUAUGUCAAAAGAGGAAACUUUGCAAAUUGUAAUUUCCUUACCAUUAUUGCCAGAAAUUUCACCAGAAAGUACUGACAACUUUUCUGUACACGUGUUAUGUGUCUUUUGAGAGGUCGAGCUAAGAGGUUGUGAUGCUUGCCAAGGCAUAUGGAUUAGAUGAUCUGGCACUGCUGGGGCAUGGCUGGCCUGGUUUCAAGGUUUAAUUCAGGUCAGACUGAGUACUAUGUUGAAGGGGUGCAGUCAGAGCAAGCAGUUGGUACAGUAGAUACAGUGCUUUGACUGUUCGGGGUGCUCUUGCCAUCUGGACACAGCUGUCUUGUGUAAAUCCCGAUCCCAGGCACACCUCACCUCCAGUGCAAACCUCUCCCUACAUGAAGAAUCCCAGAGCUGGACAGAGUGGAGAAGCUGGACUCAUCUACAAAGCCUUCAUCCUCAGAGAGCUUUUGUGCAUGUCUUGCUCUUUUCUACAACCUCACAAUGUGUUUCAAUUCCCAAUUAACAUAUUUACACGCUUCUCCCCCCUGGCCAUGUGAUUGAAAGAUGCUGUUUGUGAUUAACAGAAUUAAAUAAAGAUGAGCAUGAGGAACAAU